AUGUAUCGAAUAUUGUCAGCCCGAUCUGCAGAUGAGUUCUACAGCUGUAUGGGAGGUGGCGCCAGUACUAUUUGGGAAGCAAGUGACAACCUGGUCGCUCGGGUAGUCUCUUUAAACUCUGCUCCUGAAUUACCGGGGCUAAGGAAUCUACAUCGGUAUAGAGUUACUCCUCCAGCACCACCAAACGCCCCAAACGCUCAUCCACCUUUACAAUCUGCGAUGCAAUCUAUGACGAAACGAGGUUUACGUUUGUUCUAUUCAGAAGAUGAAGGUGAUUCCAGUGAUGACGGCAACAAAUUAGCUCUCGCUACGGUAAUACCUCGACGAGAAAAUCGAUCAGGGACGGGGGAUAGGUUAACAUUGGACAUAGGAGCAUUAAAAAGACAAUAUGCUCGACUUCGUGAACGGCAAAGACAAGCACAUGUCAUUUUAGCCGCUGCUUGUGCUCGACAUGCUGCAGUUGGUGUACCCACAUCGCCUACAUCUCUCACGGUAAACAACUUACUACUUGGAAAGAGCGCAAUAGUGAGUUCUAGAGGAAGGCGACUCGGUCCCCCGCCCGGAGCCGUACCACCAACACGCCAAAGCUCAACAAAUUAUGAAAAAAAUACUUCACAAUCACGUGGACCUUCCAAUGAAACAAUAAGUUGGACAGAAGUCAAAUCACGUAAGACAUUAGAUAGACGAAAUUCCGUGAAAUGGAAAGAUAUAAAAAAAGAAAAGACUUUAGAAUUAGUUAGGAAGCCAUCGAUAGAUUUAGAUGAAACUGGAGACGGCAUUAUUGUAUCGGAAUUAGAGGCAAAUGCAAUGAUUGCUUCAAUCCGUUCUCGUAGUUCUAGUGAAUCAUCAUCAUAUUCCUCACAUUCCGGUUCUAGUACGGAUACGAGCUUGUGCGAUGAAAACGAAGGGGCGAGCGAAUCUGAAGCGGAAGUAGUUAAUGAUGAUAAAGAAAAUGAAACUACAUGUUCGACUGAAACCAAACCACUGGCAACAAAGUAUAAGAAUCUUAAAAUUAAUUCACCAAAUACGAAUAAAGAUUCAUUAGUCCCUACUCCUUCUGAACCAGAAAAAAAUUAUUCUUCCCACAAUGAAAAUUUCACAAGUCAAAAUGAAACAUAUAAACAAAGUUCCACACGGGCUAAUAUUGAUAAGUUAAACUUAAAACUCACGGAAACCCACUUAAUGCCUACUGAUCAUAAAAUAUACAAAACAGAUACUAUAAGUCCUUUUGCACCAACAACCCGAGCUUCAAAAGAAACAAAAUCAAGUUUUUCCUCGACUAAUUUUACUGCCUUAAGUCCUGUUGACCUUUCACCUUACCACAAUAUUAAUUUCCAAAAAUCAUCCUUUUGUUAUGAUUUUGAAGCAAAUUUAAGACGACCUUCUACAUCAAAAUCUGAUAUAAAUUCAAGGCCGCCUGAUUUAAUUGAUAGUUUUACAAUGUAUCCUAAUUUUGUACCUGAUAUCGAUAUUUCUGAAAAAUAUAUAUCAGAUAUAGAUAGUCCCCCUAGAAGUCCAGAUUCUGAUAGUGUCAUAGUAAGUGAAGAUGAACCACCAAUCCCAUUAAGAAUUGAUAAAUAUUUCGAAAAUAGUCCUGAAUUUUUUGGAGCAAGGUUGACUGAUUCAAAUAAUGAUCAUAUUCCAAGUCGAAGGCCUACUAAAAGAAAUUCCCGUGUUCCUAAAAAGCCAGAUUCAUUGACGCUAAAAAGUAACAAUAAUGAAAGAAUGGGAAAGAGUGAAGUAGAAAGAGCCUCAUCUUUACCACAACCACAUACAUUUAUAUGUAAAAAGUCUGUUAGUCCAGACAAAAAUGUAUCCGAUAAAUCAAAAAAUACCAACAUACUUGAUACGCCUACUAAGACCGAAAAACAGUCUUUAAAGACACCACAAAAAGAGAUUAAUGUUGACGUUAAAUCAAAUUUAAACCAACAGAAAAACCUACCAAUUUACAGUCCAAAAGAAUACAUUCUACAAUCCGGCCGAAAAAACAGUGAAAGAGCAUUACAAAUUAUUCAAGAAAAUUCUCAAAUUUUAAGUAGAAUAUUAACAAAACAAAAUGUUUCGAAUAAUCUUGUUACUAAUACUUCAAAACAAUUAAACAAAGAGCUGAAUAGUGAUGAUGACCACGUGAGAAUUGACCAAAUCAUAUCAAAAUCAUUAGAUUCACCUUUUCUCAAAGAAUCAACCUCGGAUUCUUUAAUAGGCGGCAUCAAAAGAAAACCUAGCAGUGACAUAGGCGAUAAAAGUGAUUUUUUAAGAGCUCGACCAAUAUCAAUAGAUGAUCCAUUUUCAUUUGAAAUGCGAAAAAAACUUCUUUCCCCAGAAAGCGUGUUAAAAAAUUUAAAAAGUCCCAGUACCGAUUGCCUCGGUAAUAAAACUGACUUAUAUGGUUGGGAAAACAAAGGAUUUCUUGCAAAAUGCGAAUAUAAAAAUACAAUUAUUGAAUCUGAAGACAAACAAGAUAUUGUUAAGAUGAGAAAGUCCAGCGACGCCUCAAUACGGAACCAAACUUUGUCUCAAAAUGAAGUCAAACACACGUCUGAUUAUAGUCGAUAUUCUUACACAAGUGAUUCUAAAACGUCCAUUACUCCACAGUCAUCAGAUUUUAAAGAUACUUCCACAUAUGAACGAAGAUUUACAUCUGACGAUUAUAAUUACCCCUUAUCAACUUCAAGUAAAUAUAACGAUUAUAUUUUAUCUAAAGUUAGUGACAUUUGUAGUAAGACUAUAGAUAAGGAGCCAAAAGUUUGUGAAAGAUUAAACACGGAAAGCGUUCAAUUAAGCGAUUUUUCACAAAAAGUUACUUCAUCUAUUAGUUUUACAUAUGAACCUUCCAUGGAAGACGAUUCGCCAAUGGGUGCAAAAAGCAAUUCAAGUGACACACUAUGUCAAAUAACAUCUUUAGAUCAGGUUUCUACGCCUAUAUCACCAAAAAUAUUCUCAAAUAGGGAUACGUUAUCAUUUCCUAAGGAUUUUGCGGAGAAAUGUGAUAAAUCAAGAGUGGAAUCGGACGACACUUGUAGUGCAAUAACAUCGUUGUUAGAAACUGAUACAAUAUCAUCAUUAUCAUAUCCUCGUAGCCCGUCAUCAAAUUCCUAUUACCCAUUUCCGACGCGACCUGCUCUUCGUACACCAAAAGACUUCGGCGUUAAGUUGGGACUGUAUCCUAAAGAGACAAUUAGCUCCCCACCAAAAUAAUUUCAAUAAAAUAGUAUGUAAAUAAGUAAUAUAUUACUGUGAACUUUUCUAACUUUUUACAUGUUUUGAAUUCUUUAUUAUAGCUAUGCGUGGUUUCUUGUUAUGUAAACUUUUAUGUUAUCUUUGUUAUGAAAUAUAUUUCCAAAAAAAA